CCCGCUGUUUUCGUAGUCCGGGUCGGCCGAUGGUGGGGGUGUCUGGCGCAGCGCUGUCUCGGGAGACGGAUGCGGCCUGGGAGACGGAGAUGGAACCAGGAAUCACCUUUAGGCCAAUCUGGUAAAGCUUUGGCAGAAACUAAGGACGCAGGCAUUGCUUUUUUAGUUCCCACCUGCUUCACUUUCAAGUUUCUAAGGAAAUUGAGACCAGUGUGUAUGAACUUACCUCAGCUUUCCACGUAUCAUUUCUACAUACUUACCAAGACUGGAGUAGGACCUUUUAAUCCUGGUAGAAUGAAUGUGGCAGGAGAUGAAUUUCAGAAUGGAGGAUUUGCAACUCAACAUAGUCCUGAUUCUUGGAUCUCCCAGUCAGCAUCAUUUCCCCGUAAUCAGAAACAGCCAGGGGUGGAUUCUUUAUCACCAGUGCCUUCGCUUCCUAAACAGAUUUGCCAGCAGCAACCCACUAAACCAGUUAAAAUCACUUGUGCAGACUGCAAAAAACCUUUACAGAAGGGACAGACAGCUUAUCAACGAAAAGGAUCAUCUCACCUCUUUUGUUCUACCAGCUGCCUUUCCUCCUUCUCUCACAAGUGUACUCCAAAGAAAUGCAGAAUACUAUGUAAAAAAGAUGCACCUACAAAAAAGGCUUCUGUCGUUCCUCCAGUGGUCUCAAGUGAGUCCUUUCAAGAACUCGGUAGCAUGACCUGUGUACCCCCCUACGAGGACAGCCAGAAUCCCAGAAGGAGAGUUCUGAACAAGUCAAGAUGUACCAUCUGCAGUAAACUGACAGAGAUUCGCCAUGAAGUCAGCGUUAAUAAUGUAAUUCAUAAGCUGUGCAGUAACCACUGUUUUAAUAGAUACAGAAUGGCCAAUGGUCUGAUAAUGAAUUGCUGUGAACAGUGUGGAGAGUACCUGCCCAGCAAAGGUGCUGGGAAUAGUGUCCUGGUGGUUCAUGGUCAGCAAAAGCGUUUCUGCUGCCAGAGUUGUGUUAAUGAAUAUACACAGAUACUGGAAACAAAAUCAAAAAAAUUACCAGCAUCAGAAAACAGAAAAAGGAAUGCUUUUAGAAAAGAAAAUGAAAGAUUGUUGAAUACACUUUUGGAAAAAAUAGAGGGAAUACCAGGAAAAAAGGAAAAGACUUCAGAGCUACAGGUUUCAGCAGAAUGUAGCACAGAUUCAUCACUGAUGGAACAGGAUGUGAAUGGACCUUCUGUGUCCACCAUAGCUAAUACUUUUCAAGGGAACCUGGAAGAGAAGAAGUCAGAAGACUCCACUAGACCAGUUGUGCUUUCUGCAGAUCCAGGUACAUGGCCCCGAAUUUUGAAUUUUAAACAACGGGACCUUCUUGUCGAAAAUGAUCCACCUCAAGUAAGAAAUUUUAACUUUCCAAAAGACAAUACAGGGAGGAAGUUUUCAGAAACCUAUUACACACGAGUUCUACCAAAUGGUGAAAAAACCACUAGAUCCUGGUUACUUUAUUCGACCUCAAAAGAUUCUGUGUUUUGUCUAUAUUGCAAACUCUUUGGAGAAGGAAAAAAUCAACUGCGGAACGAGAAUGGAUGCAAAGAUUGGCAGCAUUUAUCACAUAUUCUUAGCAAACACGAAGAAAGUGAAAUGCACAUCAAUAAUAGUGUUAAGUAUUCAAAAUUAAAAUCUGACUUGAAAACAAACAAAACUGUUGAAGCAGCACAACACAGAUUACGGGAGAAUGAGAAAAGUGGUGGUGUGCUGUUGUACAUGUGAUACACCUGGCCGAGUCCUAUGUUUCAUCGGGGAUCUGUAUCUUGACAGUACCAUUUGUGUGUGAGGGUCCUAUACAGAGUAACUCUCAACAGUUCACUGGCAAUUAGUAUAAUCACAGAAAAAUCAUAAAGAGUAUUUCCGUUCCAAAUUCUAAAGCUAGUUAGAGUCCAUAGUGGUUAAUGCAGGUUUCAAUAGAGGCGAUUGUUAAUUUUUUCAGUCUGUCAAUUCAUACCUUUUGAAAUUGGCAUUUGACAGGUUUGCUUAAUUUUCUGGUCUGAUUACCUUGAAAAGAGGAAGAGAAAAAGGCUUAAAUUUAUCUAAACCACUUUGAAUGAGAUACUUAGGUGAAGAAGUAUCCUCAUCAUUAUUACUAAAGUAAAAACAUUCAGAAACAGUUUAAGAACAAAAUGGGAUGUGAAACAGCAGCUUUUUGCUAUUAAACCAAAUAUUUGUGAUGUAUUUCAUUUGGGCAGAACAUCACUGUAUUAUUUGAGCAAAACAGCAUCAUUUAUUAAAUUUUUAAGGAGGCUAGUUUGCAUUUUAUUGGUUUUGUUUUAAUUUGUAAAUGUUUUAGCUUUUAUUGUUAUGUGAGAAUUAUAAGCAUAAAGUGUAUACCUAUUUUUAUGUUGGUUCAAAUAUAAGAAAUGUGAAAAUAAAAAUAUAUUAAGUUAA